AUGGGCACGGUCGCCGGAGCUCCGGUGAGGACCGGCGGCGGGCGGAGAUACGGACGGGAACAGCGACGCGGAGCGGAGCAGCAGCGGCACUCGGGCGGAGCAGCAGUGACGCUCGGGCGGAGGACUCGGGCAGCAGGGCCGGCAGAGCAGAGGCGGAGGCUCGGCGUCCGGUUAGGGACCUGCUGGCGUCGCUUGGUUGCUGGGUCGAAGAGGGUUCGAGCGGCGUGUAGGGGCGACGGCGGGGCGGCGAAGGGACAGCAGCAACGAACGGAGCAGGAGCAGCGUCGGGUCGUCGGAGCAGAGGCGGAGGCGCGCGAUGCAGGGGCGUCACGGGCAGAAGCGCUGCAGGGGGCGUCGGGCAGAAACGCUGCAGGAACGUCGGGCGCUGGGCUGAGCAGAGGCGGACCACCGGCGAAGGCUGAGGCGGCGUUGGGUCGCGCGGCGGUGGCGAUGGUGGCAGGGCUGACGGAGGCGAGUCGCGGCAGGAGCAGCGUCUGGAGUCGAGCAGGGGUGUCGCGGGUCAGCAGCAGCGACCGGCGAGGGAACGGUGGCUUCGCGGGGGACGAGCAGCCGAGGGCGUGGCUGGUGCAGGCGCGGUGGGCUUCGGCUCGGUUGCAGCGAGCGUCGGCGAGCGAGAUCGGCGCGGCUGCAGCAGACGUCGGCGAGGCGGACGGAGCUGCGCUCGCGGCUGUGGAGUUGCAGGGGACGGGCUGCAGGCGUCGCGGACGGGCGUGCGAUGGCGCGGGUGCUCGGGCGGAGGGGCGCUGA